CCCAACUAAAACACCAACAGACCAGCCCUACUUAUUUAUCUACCUUAAACAUUACACAACACAAACUCACUUGUGUUCCUCAAACCCUAAAGCACAAGCCGCCGUUUGCAACAACAGCAGAACACAACAACAUGACGUUCAAGCGUAGGAAUGGUGGUCGGAACAAGCACGGCCGUGGCCACGUCAAUCCCAUUCGCUGCUCUAACUGCGGCAAAUGCUGCCCUAAGGACAAGGCAAUUAAGAGGUUUCUUGUGAGGAACAUAGUGGAGCAAGCUGCUGUCAGGGAUGUGCAAGAGGCCUGUGCUUUUGAGACCUAUACACUUCCCAAGCUGUAUCUGAAGAUGCAGUACUGUGUUUCAUGCGCAAUCCACUCCAAAGUGGUCAGGGUCCGUUCCCGUACUGAUAGGAGGAACCGUGAGCCUCCAAAGAGAUUUACUCGCCCAAGAGAUGAUCUUCCAAAGCCCGGACAGGCACCAAGGGCCCCUGGAGCACCCGCCCCACCUAGAGUUUAAAUCAUCUCCUACAAGCUUUUCCAAGAGUUUUUAUCUCUUGGAAUUCACUUUGCUGAAUCUCUACUGUCUUUCCUAUGUCAAAUUCUAGACCUUUUGAAAUUUUAUUAUAAUUUGGCUGUCAUACUGGCGUAUUUGAAAACAUGGACUUCUGAUUACUGAAUUAUAUUUUUGUCAAUGUCAGCGACAAUUUUGUGCA